UCCCACUCUUCAAUUUCGCGGCGCCCCAAUCAUCUCUCCUGGGUCUCCUUCUUCGCCUGCUUCGUCUCCACUUUCGCCGCUCCUCCUUUACUCCCAAUCAUCCGGGACAAUCUCAACCUCACCGCCACCGAAAUCGGGAUCGCCGGCAUCGCCUCCGUCACCGGCGCCGUCGUCGCUCGCAUCGUGAUGGGUACCGCCUGCGACAUGGUGGGCCCCCGGCUCGCCUCCGCUUCCCUCGUCCUAAUCACCGUUCCGGCGGUGUUCUUCACUCCCAUGGUUUCCUCCACUGUUUCGUUCAUCCUCGUCAGGUUCUUCACCGGGUUCUCCGCCGGGUGA